AUGAUAGGUGGUGUCACAGUUCUGUUCAGUGGCGAUUUCCGACAAACGCUUCCCGUGGUGACGCGGGGAUCAAGGGCUGACGAGGUGAGUACUUCGUUGUGGUCACGAGUUCGUACGCUGCGCUUGAUCAUCAAUGUGAGAGCUCAGGACAUCAGUCGUAUACCGCACCAGCAGAAUUCUUGGCUGUGUGAGCUAGCCAUUUGGACGCCCAAUAAUGAUCAGACUGCAGCAAUUAACGAAUACAUUCUCUUGGAAAUUGAGGGGAAUGAAUUGGUCUACACCUCUAUAAAGUUUGAAUUUCUGAACUUCCUAUCAGCAAGUGGACUUCCAGCGCAUACCAUCAAGCUGAAGGUCGGUGUCCCGAUAAUGCUUCUUCGGAACCUAUCUCCUCCGAAGUUGUAUAACGGGACCCGCCUUAAAAUCAUCUCGCUCCACAGACACGCCAUUGAGGCGGAAAUCCUUACGGGUUGUGGCGUCGGCGAGGCAGUAUUUAUACCACGUAUUCCCCUCAUACCUCAUAACUUCGCGUUCCAGUUCAAGCGCGUACAGUUUCCCGUGAGUGUUUGCUUCGCGAUGACCAUCAAUAAGUCGCAGGGGCAGACACUGAGGGCAGCGGGUGUCGACCUCAGGACGAGCUGCUUCUCACACGGACAGCUCGUGACCAACAUAUUCCUGGUGAACCUGUCGGUGGCGGACCUGCUGGUAACGCUGUUCUGCAUGCCAGUGCAAAUCGCCAAGUCGGUCACCCUCAUCUGGUACUUCGGCGAGGUCAUGUGCAAAACUGUCAACUUCCUACAGGGUGAGUUCUGUAGGAAAACCUAA